AUCCUCACCACAGUUCUGACCAUGCGCGCUUACGCAAGCAUAAAUAAUUUUACCAGUCGACUCGCGUUGCGCGACAAAUAAUUAAGCUUAUGUACAGGUGUGGAUCAUGAGUCAUCCUCACCCGAAAAGCCCUUUAUUAAAUUUCGCCAACUGUUAGGCAAUCAAAAAAAUGGUUAAGCUUUCAAUUAUGAAUGUGCGAUGUUAUUUCACAGGGGAAAUUGAGGGUGUGGCUUAACCAAAUUCAUUGGCAUGUUUGUUCAAUGGAGAAUUCGACCUUCUCAUUAUUGACCAACAUUUUUGAGAAUGUUUUAGGAACAUAAUUUUGAUAUUCCAAUAACAUAAUUUAAAGUUUCACGACAAUGGUUCGAACCCAUGACUUCCGAUUUUGAGGUGUACUCACUACACCAUACGGAAAGUCAUGAAGAAUUGCAGAGGUCUGCAUAAUUUAAUUCAUGAGGUUCAUCGAUGCUUCGCAUCGAAACGGACCACUUUUAGUAGAACAAAAUUUAGUAGAGUUUUCGGGGACUGACUAUAAAAACCCCAAAAUUCUUGAGGAGGGCAGUUAGUUCCAGUUAGUUCCAGUCAGUUCCAGCCAGUUCAAGCCCAGUCCAGUUCCAGAUCCUGAAGAAGCCCCAGACCAGCCGGACCCGCCAGCAGCCACCAGUAGCAGAGGCCCCAGUCCAGCCGGACUUAGCGGUGGAGGCCGCAGUCCGCCGGGACUUAGCCGCCGUGAAGAGUCCGCCGGGACUUAGCCGCCGUGAAGAGUCCGCCGGGACUUAGCCGCAGUGAAGAGUCCACCCGGGACUUAGGAGUUCGGGGUCUGGCAUGGCUCGGCGAAGAGGUCUGGAGGCCAAGUCUGGCUUCAACGUAGAGAAUUGGCUCGACGAAGGUCUUAAUGAAAUUAGCAACAAAAAGUUGAGUGAUGUGAUCGUGCGCGUAAAAGUUGAGAGUGUUACCGCAAAAAUGUAAUCUUCAAAAAGUGUAAUAUACAAAUAAGUGAAGUUUACUGAUCUGUUUUGACUCUACAAGUAAAUAUCACAAAAAUCCUGAAAGCCUAAACCGCUCGGGCCGUUUAGGUGGUGACUAGCGGAAAGCAACGCUGUGUGUGUUUGGACACGCCAUUAUGAUUGGACAAAACCGAGAGUUGAAAUGUGACUAUGUGUGAAAGUUAAUGAACAAAAUGAUUUCGCGAAGUAACAAACAGUUAAAAUAGUGUAAAAAAAAAAACGUUAAAUUGAAGAAAAUGUUAUGUGAGGAGUUCUAAGAUGGAAGCAAAUGUGCAGCAGUACGAGAUGGAACCAAAACGAGAUCGACCAAUGGCAGAAGCAUCGAAAAUUUCAAAACCGGCCAACGAUGGACAACACUAGGGAUUCAACAAUGACGAGAUCAUCUGGAUCAACUGGAGACGAAAUUCAGCCGCAUCGAACACCCAAGAAGACGACCAUGGAAAUCUGGCAGUUUAGGGUGAGUAAACAAAAGUUAUACCGAAAUUUGAUGUAAAUAGUUAAAAACACGCUUAAAGAUGGCGAAUGAUUUCAUAUAUAAUAAGAAUGCCAAUGGGACUGAAAAAUAGUCCAUCAACAUUUCAAAAAAAAAUUACAUUCACGCUUAUUUAUGAAAUAUAACCAGUUAAUGCGUUUGUAUAUUUGGAUGACAUAAUUGUGUUUGGUAAAACUAUCGAAGAACACAAUGAAAAUUUAUAUAAAGUUUUGAAUGCAUUGCAUGAACAUAAUUUAAAAGUUGAACCAUCAAAAUGUAAAAUUUUACACAAAGAAGUCAGAUAUUUGGGUCAUAUUAUUAAUGAAGAAGGUAUUCGACCAACUAGUGAAAAUAUUGAUACAAUCAAAAACAUGAAAAGGCCGCAGACGAUUAAAAAUGUGAGAUCAUUUUUGGGAACUGUUAAUUUUUAUGGAAAAUUUAUUCCAAACAUUGCAGAUAAACGUAAGCCACUUAAUGCAUUACUAAAGAAAAAUGUGAAAUUUAUUUGGACAGAAGAAUGUGAAAAUGCUUUUGAAGAAUUAAAAAACUAUUUAAUUUCAGAACCAGUUUUAGUUAGACCGAACUAUAAUGACAAAUUUGUUUUGACAACUGAUGCUAGCGAUUAUGCUAUCGGAGCAGUUCUUACUAAUGAGAAGUCAAAUGAUCACCCCAUCGCUUACGCAAGUCGUGCGCUUAUCGGGGCUGAAAGAAACUAUUUUACUAUUGAGAAGGAACUACUUGCUAUUGUUUGGGCAGUAGAUCACUUCAAACAUUUUAUUUAUAACCAAGAUUUUAUCGUUUACACAGGUCAUAGACCAUUGGUAGCUCUAUGGCAUUUGAAGGAAACUUCACCAACGUUGGCAAAGCUUCGUUUGAAAAUUCAAGGCAUUGGAUGUGAAAUUCGUUACAAGCAAGGAAAGGAAAAUGUGGUUGCAGAUUUUCUCUCACGUUUAAAUAAUGAUGAAGAUCAUGCAGAUGAUAAACAAGCAUCAAAAUUAGUAGCAGUUACAACUCGUCAACAAGCAAAACAAAAUAGACAAAAUAUUGCAGAUAAUCAAAACUCAACAAAUACUCCAAACAGACAGAAUUUAUCUAGAAUCAUUACUAAUUGGAAUAAUAAUAUGAAUGGACUUCAACAAAUUGACAUAAAUUUAGAUUAUGACGAUGAUAGCAACGAUAAAACAUUUACCUACAAGGAUUUCCAAGAUACAGAUAUCGAUUUUAAUGUUUUAAAUUUUUCUAAAGAGAUUAUACCAUUUGAACAAGCCGAAGCUACUUUUAUGAUAUUAAACAGUGUUACGGCACACAAAGAAUUGAGUAAAUACAUUGACCUUCCACAUGGUAUUAAGGAUUACACCAAUGAAAAUAUAUUUGUAUUCCCGCAAAAGAAGAUUUGGGGUUUAAUUUUGAAUGGAACAUAUCGUUCAGCAGUUAAAAAUGAAGAAUUUUUCGAUGGUUUAUUUAAAAGCUUUAAAGAUUAUCCUGAUUUUGCUAAAGAUGCAUCAGUUAUACAAAUUAUUUCUCAUAGAAUAUUUAAAACAGAGUUGGAACUAAACUUAUUACGAUUUUUUGCAAUGAAACUUUCAAAGUCAUUUACACUAUAUGCAACAGAAAAUGAACGAAUUUAUGUAAAGCCAGAAGACAGAGAUCAAGUGCUUAAAGAUUUUCACGACGCACCGUUGGGUGGUCAUGUCGGAGGUAAACGAAUGAUUAAAAGAAUGAGUCCUCUAUUUACAUGGGAAAAUAUGCGAAGAGAUGUUUUGAAUUAUGUAAAGCAAUGUGAUUCUUGUCAAAAGAAUAAAAUAUGGCCAGCAAAUAAAAUGCCAAUGAAAAUUACGACAACAUCGUAUGAACCCUUUGAUAAAAUUUAUAUGGAUGUGGUUAUGUUACCAAUUUCUAAUAACGGAAACAAUUGUGGACUUGUGAUACAAGAUGAUUUAACAAGAUUUUUGAUUGUAGCUCCCAUGGAAAACCAAGAAAGUACUACUGUUGCUAGAAAUUUUGUCGAAAACUUUGUUUGUAAAUUUGGAGCUCCUAAAGAAGUUGUAACCGAUCGAGGUACAAACUUUGUAAGCAAAUUAUUGCAACACACAUGCAAAAUAUUACACAUUAAAAAGAUUGUUACAAGUGCAUAUCAUCCUCAAGCUAAUUUAGUUGAGAGAUCAAAUAGAGAAUUAAAAAUUUAUUUACGAAAUUUUAUUGGCAAAGAUCCACAAUGUUGGGAUGAAUUGAUACCAUAUUUUAUGUUUGAAUACAAUACUACAGAAAAUUCAUCAACUGGAUAUUCUCCCUAUGAACUUUUGUAUGGAAGAAAAGCUACAAUACCAAGCACAAUUUAUAAAAUCAAUGAUUCAGAUUUAAAUUAUGACGACUAUAUUUGUUCAAUGAAAGAUAUAUUCAAGGAUGCUCAUGAAACUGCUAGAAACAACUUAAUAUUGUCAAAAGAAAAGAGAAAGGAAAUUUAUGACAAAAAGACAAAUGAUUGGGUACCAAUGUGGGGAGAUAGAGUUUUGGUACAAAUGGUACAGACAGGAAUUGGUCAAAAGUUACAAAAUAAGUGGCGAGGCCCUUAUGAUAUCGUUAAAUUUAACAGCGAUCAAACGACCACUAUCAAAAAUGGAAACAAAUUUGAAGAUGUACAUAAUAAUAGACUUAGAAAAUAUAAUGAUUAACAUAACACUAAAUUAUAGUUCAGAAUAUACUCGUAUGAAAAUAUUUAUUUUUAACACACGGGAUUAUUUAUGCAUAUUGAACAAAAAAAUAAUAAUAAUAAAAAACUUUUUGAAUUGAUAUGAUUGAUGAGAACUAAAUGAAUCAAACAAAUGUGUUACAAAUACCGAUUUUUUUUAUAUAGAAAAAUAAACAUGAAAAAAGAAUAUAGAGCAAUUCCAUGCCAAAUAGGGAAUCGGUUGUACCCGACCCUCUCCGAUUUCAAUGAAACUUUGUAGACAUGUUAUCCUACGCUUAUAUAAGCCAUUUUUGUGUAUAUGGAGCCAGUUCCACUCGAUAAUGACAUUUGAGAAGGGCGUAAGUGUUUUAAAUAUUUUUGUAAUUCGGAAUUUAAAAAUUUCUGUAUCUCGAAGCCGUUGCAUCGUAUCAAAAAGUGGUCAAAGACAAACUUGUAGGAAAUUUGACGGGCUUUCCGAAAAAAAUACACUGAAAGAAAAAAACACUCUACUUUUACGAGAUUUUUCGAUUUUUAAGUUUAAAAGUCAAAUUUGAGGGGGAGCCCACGAUUUUUUUUCGUUCAAAAUUUUUGUGAAGAUAGCCUAAGAUGUUACAAAAAGACUCAAGAAAAAUGCAGGAUGGAGCAACUCACCUAAAAUAAUACAAAAAUCAUUUACUGAAACUGUUUUUUUGAAAAGUGCUCUAAACGUCAAAAUUUUCACAAACCGAUAGCGGAAAUCGAUUCCCCAGACAAUUUUACAUAAAAGUCUCCAUAUUGACUACUGUCCUAAGUCCAAUCCUUGUGAAGUUACAGCGGCUUUAAAAAUAAAAAUGUUGAAAAAAUAGAUUUUUUGAUGGUUUUUUGCAAUUUCUAUGUGACAGACUUGAUUUUUCAGUCUCGUAAAUAUUUUUAUCGAAAAGCUCGUCCAAUUUCCCAUAAGAUUGUCUUUGACCACAUUUCAAUUGGAUGUAUGGGCUUACAGGUAUAAGCUAAUUACAUUGCUCAUAACUGAAAACAUAAUAUUUUUUCAGUGUAGUAUAGUAACCCGGAUAGUAAAUUAGCUUAAAUCAUCAGAAAAAUGAGUUAUUUUGAAAAGUGGUCAAAGACAAUCUUAUGGGAAAUUGGACGAGCUUUUCGAUAAAAAUAUUUACGAGACUGAAAAAUCAAGUCUGUCACAUAGAAAUUGCAAAAAACCAUCAAAAAAUCUAUUUUUUCAACAUUUUUAUUUUUAAAGCCGCUGUAACUUCACAAGGAUUGGACUUAGGACAGUAGUCAAUAUGGAGACUUUUAUGUAAAAUUGUCUGGGGAAUCGAUUUCCGCUAUCGGUUUGUGAAAAUUUUGACGUUUAGAGCACUUUUCAAAAAAACAGUUUCAGUAAAUGAUUUUUGUAUUAUUUUAGGUGAGUUGCUCCAUCCUGCAUUUUUCUUGAGUCUUUUUGUAACAUCUUAGGCUAUCUUCACAAAAAUUUUGAACGAAAAAAAAUCGUGGGCUCCCCCUCAAAUUUGACUUUUAAACUUAAAAAUCGAAAAAUCUCGUAAAAGUAGAGUGUUUUUUUCUUUCAGUGUAUUUUUUUCGGAAAGCCCAUCAAAUUUCCUACAAGUUUGUCUUUGACCUCUUUUUGAUACGAUGCAACGGCUUCGAGAUACAGAAAUUUUAAAAUUCCGAAUUACAAAAAUAUUCAAAACACUUACGCCCUUCUCAAAUGCCAUUAUCGAGUGGAACCGGCUCCAUAUACACAAAAAUGGCUUAUAUAAGCGUAGGAUAACAUGUCUACAAAGUUUCAUUGAAAUCGGAGAGGGUCGAGAAAAAAGUACCUGAAAAAUUCCUGUUUUGGGCUGGAAUUGCUCUAUAUGAUUGAUUUGAUAUGAUAAAUGAAUUAAUGUUGAGUUGAACAAAAUAUGAAUGAUUAUUAUCAAAAAAAAAAAUGCGCAAACAAGAAUGUUAUGAAUUGGGGAUGAAAGAUAAUUUUUAUAAAUGAUUGAAUUGAUGGGGUUUAAACAAGAAACAGAUUAAGAAAAAUACUAGUACUGAGUUUAUAUAUAUUUUUUUUGAAAAACACGUGAAGCGAUUAUGAUCAAAUAUAAACAUAAUAAUGAAGCAGUGAUGAAACACGUUAAAACAAUUAAGAAGCUGUUGGGUUGCAAUUUUGGGAAUAUACUUAAUUGAGCUAAAAUGGGUUAAUAGGGUAUUAGAAAAAACAAUGACGCAAUUUUUAACUACAAAUAAAAACAAAUCAAACGGAUUGAACAAUAAUGAAAUUUCAACGACAAGCAAAUGAAGAUGGUGUGAUUAUUAAAUGUUUCAAAACAACAUGUAUGCAAGUAAGGAUGUGUGUGAGAAUAAUUGGACAAGGGAGGCGCGCCCCAGAAUGAAUGUUGAAUGUAAACAUGUGUUUUAUAAUUUACUUAACAAAGCAUUAAGAAUUUAUUUUCAGAAUGUUAUAUGCUUAUACGAAGGAUUUACAGGAAACCAUUGGAAGACGAUCAAGAAGACAAUUUCAACAAGGACGAAUAUGGAAUUCAGCUCAAGGAAGGGUAAAACUUGUGAGUAUAUCGUGGGGAAUUUAAAAAGAUCGAAAAGGACGGUAAAAGUUCCGAUCUAGGGAUACAUAAACUGAUAAAGCAACGCCAAAAGGAUUAAAAAGUAGACAAUUGUACUCUAUGGGGAGAGUUUUAUGUCGAAUAUAGCUUCAAAACAGUUGUAAUCCAUGGGGGGAUUCAAUAUGUUAAAAACAUUUCAAAACAUUUGCACUUUACGGGGAUAGUCAAAUGAAAAUUAAAGGGAAUGGAUAAAUAACGCUUCAAGGGAAAAUCAAGGGAUAAAAUAAUGCUUCAUGGGAAAGACACCUUUAAACUGAUUAAAUUCGGAGAAAAAAAAAAUCAGAACGAUAUCAUUAGAAUGAUAAUUGAACCAACUAAUUAUCUUGCAAAUUCAGCAUUUUAUUGCGAAUUGCUCAAAUAAACAAAUUUAUUGAAUGGGUUUGACAAAUUUGAAAACACAAAGUGACAGGCAAGUUUCAUAAAAAGUUAACAGAAAGGAUAUUCUAACAUGCGCAGUAUUGCAAUGACAAGAUGAUAGGAUGUAUAGAUCAAUGAAAAACUUUAUAGAGUAAUUUUUUUUAUUCAAGUAUAAAAAUAAUAGUCAAUUAGAAAUGAUUUUUUUUUAGUAUUAAAAAUAAUAAAACUGAUUUCAUACAAAAAUAUCAACAAGAUUUAUAAGAUUGUAAGUAAAUUUGAAUUUCAAUUUUGCACAGAAAUUAAAUGAUAGAUUCCUGAAAAUUAUAAAAUAUUAUUCAUGCGAAGAAAACAAGUAAGAAAUUUUUGUGGGAGAUGCAAAACUAAAAACUGAAGUAAUAUAUGGCAGAGACGGGAGACGAAACACAAGGAUGAUCAACGCGUUCGUAUGCUGAGAAGUUCUACGCGCUCGUAUGCAGAAGUUUGUGAUGGCAAGAUGGUGAGUGGCAAAGUCAAGCGAGAUGUUGGACAGGUAACGGUGUUGAUGUUGUUGCAAAAGGUCAUAUCAAUGAGGAUCAAGUCGGAUUAAGACACAAUUCUAGUAACGAGACAUUCACGUAAAACAAAUUACCAAUCGAAAUGUGGAAUUAAACGAAGUACAGACGAUGGAAAUGUGAAACAUCGAUAAUGGAACAAAAUGCAAAGUUGAGACCAUACAGCAAGUCUGAAACUAUUGAAAAGGAGAUAAGCAAAAGAUAACAUCAUCCGAUGUCAUUAAUUUACAAAAGCCAAAGUUGCAAAUUACACGAAAAGACAAUUUUGGACCAACAACACGUCUUAAACAUUUGAAAAAAAGAAUUACAUCAACCGAUGUCAAUAAUUUGAGAUUGUCAAAGAUGCAAAGCAACUGGAAAAGUCAAUUUUGGACAAAAAUACUGGAUUUACGAAAAAUUCACAAUACUCAGCAAGUGAGAAGUCAAUGCACUCUCAAAAUUGACCACAGUCAACUCACAGUUGAGUUAUGAAGCAUAAUUCAUGAUGGAAACAACAAUUGCACUAAUCGACGAAAUUUAACACCUUAGCCUCGAAAACUGACCAAUUGACCAAGUCACUGUGUAAUGAAUAGCCUCACGAUAUAGACGAUUUUUGAUGAAAGACGACGACGAUAACAACCAGCCGAUCAACACAGUUCUACAACAACAACAAAUUUUGCUUACAGUGAAAAAAAAUUCAAUUAUUUUUUUAGGAGAGAUAAUGAAAAUUAAUUUCAAAUGCAAGUUUAUUUAAAUCAGUUUCAACGAAAAUAUUUUUACAAGAGAAGUUCAAAACAGUAAUUCAAGUAAUUUAACAGGACAGAAGAUCAAAAGAGUAAUGAAAAUAAUUUUACAGUAGAAAAAUCAAAAGAGCAAUUAUAAUUAUAAAGUAAUUUACAAAAAAAGCACAAGAAGAACAAAUUGUAAACCGCACGAUCACUACACCCGACAAUAUUCUUUCCAUAGAUGAUCAUUUCUUUCAGACGAUCAUCUAGCUGAUAAGUGUGGGGGAGAUUAACCGAAACAAUUUUUUUGAAUCAUUUUUUAUAGCCAGCCAUUUAUAUUUUUUUUUAUGAUUUUUUGCAAAGUAUUUUUUUUUCACAAUUUGAAUUAUUAACUUUGGGUAUCAUAUUCCAACCUACAAAUAACUUUCGAUAGAUGUUCUUAAUGCUUUUCAAGAAUACAAACAUCUAGCUGGUAAGUGUGGGGGAAUGCAGCGACCUCAAAUUUAAAUCAUUAAAUUUGUCCAUUUUUCGAUCCUCACCACAGUUCUGACCAUGCGCGCUUACGCAAGCAUAAAUAAUUUUACCAGUCGACUCGCGUUGCGCGACAAAUAAUUAAGCUUAUGUACAGGUGUGGAUCAUGAGUCAUCCUCACCCGAAAAGCCCUUUAUUAAAUUUCGCCAACUGUUAGGCAAUCAAAAAAAAAUGGUUAAGCUUUCAAUUAUGAAUGUGCGAUGUUAUUUCACAGGGGAAAUUGAGGGUGUGGCUUAACCAAAUUCAUUGGCAUGUUUGUUCAAUGGAGAAUUCGACCUUCUCAUUAUUGACCAACAUUUUUGAGAAUGUUUUAGGAACAUAAUUUUGAUAUUCCAAUAACAUAAUUUAAAGUUUCACGACAAUGGUUCGAACCCAUGACUUCCGAUUUUGAGGUGUACUCACUACACCAUACGGAAAGUCAUGAAGAAUUGCAGAGGUCUGCAUAAUUUAAUUCAUGAGGUUCAUCGAUGCUUCUCAUCGAAACGGACCACUUUUAGUAGAACAAAAUUUAGUAGAGUUUUCGGGGACUGACUAUAAAAACCCCAAAAUUCUUGAGGAGGGCAGUUAGUUCCAGUUAGUUCCAGUUAGUUCCAGUCAGUUCCAGCCAGUUCAAGCCCAGUCCAGUUCCAGAUCCUGAAGAAGCCCCAGACCAGCCGGACCCGCCAGCAGCCACCGGUAGCAGAGGCCCCAGUCCAGCCGGACUUAGCGGUGGAGGCCGCAGUCCGCCGGGACUUAGCCGCUGUGAAGAUUCCGUCGGGACUUAGCCACCGUGAAGAGUCCACCCGGGACUUAGCCGCCGUGAAGAGUCCACCCGGGACUUAGGAGUUCGGGGUCUGGCAUGGCUCGGCGCAGAGGUCUGGAGGACAAGUCUGGCUUCAACGUAGAGAAUUGGCUCGACGAAGGUCUUAAUGAAAUUAGCAACAAAAAGUUGAGUGAUGUGAUCGUGCGCGUAAAAGUUGAGAGUGUUACCGCAAAAAUGUAAUCUUUAAAAAGUGUAAUAUACAAAUAAGUGAAGUUUA